GAGAGCUGAGCUGGCUUUACCGACAGAUAUAGUGGAAAGGUUAGAAGGAAGGGAGUCAUUGAUCUUAGAGUAGGUUUACAAUGGCGAAAUUAAUCGUUUUGGGCGCUGUUGUCUUUGUCCUUUUGAGUAUUUGCAAUGCUGAGACCUGCACAGACCCCGACUUCACAUCUUCUUAUUACACAACCUCCGAUGCGGUGAUAGCCUCAGAGACAGCUUUCAUUGUGGAGAUCUCUCUCACGUGUAAGAAUGGUGCCCAGAAUGUGGCAUUGUAUGCAGAUGUUAAUGGAAAACAGUUUCCUGUCACUCGUGGCCAAGAUGUUGGUCGCUAUCAGGUUUCCUGGAGUGUGGAACACAAAAAUGCUCGUUCAGGGUCAUAUGAAGUAAAGUUCUUCGAUGAAGAGUCAUACAGUGUCUUACGCAAGGCACAGAGAAACAAUGAGGAUCUUUCUACUAUCAAACCACUCUUCACUGUUAACGUUGAUCAUCGAGGUGCGUGGAGUGGACCCUGGAUCUCUACUGAAGUCAUUGCAGCAGCAAUUGGAAUUACUGUUUAUUAUCUAGCAUUUACUGCAAAAAGUACCAUCCAAGCAUAGGCACAUCAUGGUUAAGGAACAACUGAUUAUUUGAGAAAUCCUUUUGUGGGAUUUCCUUGUUUCAUUUGUUGACAGAGCAUCCAGUUUUUUUGCCUUGGUAAGGCUAAUGCACAAAUCUGAGCAAGAAGGAGAUGGUUCUGGAAUAGUUCAUGGAGGUCAUCUUAUGCUGAAAUUACAAAGAGAUCACAUUUUGUUU